GCCGACACGCCGGCUACGGCGAUUCUCCAAUCUGAAACCCUUCCUGCCGACGAUUCCUUUCCACCUUCCGCUCCAUCGCGUGGCCGCCGCCGCUCUCCACCCGAUUGGUUCCCGUGCCUGCCGCCCCACCGAUUCACUCCGCGCCCGCGCGACCCCUGCCGUCCAUGAACCUCUCCGAGGAUUGGCGCUCCGUCUUCCCGGUUUGUGCCGUCUUCGCUGCGCCGUCCGUUGACCCGCUGCCUGCCGCCGCCGCCUCCCGCGGCCCCCUCCACUUCUCCCCUCUCCCGCCGCGCACCCCGUUGCUCUCCCUCCCCUACCCCAUCCCAUUGCCGCGCUCCUCCACCCGCGGCCUGAACCGCUUCCUCCGCUCUUUUGUCCGAGGCACCUCCUUCCUCCCGCGCUCCGACUUUGACUACCUCGCUGACACACUCAUCCCCCAACCGUCUUCAUCUUCUCCGCCUUCCAAUCUGCUCGCCGUCCUCCGGCUCUCGUGCUCUCUCAUUCUCUUUUUCCCCUACGGCGAGAAUGCGGAGCAUGUUGCCUUUGUUACUCUGGAUGCCACCACUGUCACUGGUUCCACGCCUCUCUCGCCGGUCGUUCAGAGUGAUGGGUUUAUGCACCCGGGCCACCGCAUCCAGCAGCUUGUUACCACUGCUAAUGAGUCGUCAUGGCCGUCGCAGCUGGAAGACAACCCUGAGGGGUUCCUGCUUGCUGUGACAAUGUACUCCCUGAAUUGGUUCAGGGUUGAGUCACAGGAUUUGGGGACUUCUGUCUUAGUGCCUAUUGCCAAGCAGCAGGUUGACUCUGUAAUUGUGCAUGCUUGUUGGAGCAGGCAUUUGCCAUCCGAAUGUGUUGUGUUGCUGGAGAGUGGGGAGCUGUGCUGGUUCAAUCUGGACACACGUCAAGGUGGAAAGAUAAAAAUUGAUGUUGGCAGCAAGGAUGACACUGGGGAAUGGCUAAGCUGUGACUAUGGGGCACAACCAUGGAUGAUAAUCGUCGCGAGUUCAAAAUCCAUCCUUUUGAUCGACUUAAGAUUUGGGGAUCGUGGUCAAUACAAGGUUUUGGCGAGAGUUGGAAUGCCAGGACUGCUUGAAACUGAUCCUUUUGCUGAGGCAGAUCAGUACCUUGCAUUCUGCAGGGGUGGGCUUGAUCAUUUCCAUUUCUCAGUGGUGACAAAGCGAUACUUGAUUCUCCUCGAUUUGAGACAGCCAUUGACGCCUGUGUUGGCGUGGCAGCAUGAGCUGAAAAGUCCUAGUAAUGUUGCUAUGUUUCGACUUUCUGAAUUGAGGCCUUCCAAGGAGCAUGAGUGGGCAUCAAAUUCUGGUUUUGCUAUUUUGGUUGGUUCGUUCAAGACAGGGGAGUUCAGUGUUUUCUGUUAUGGACCUAAAGAGCAAGGCUGUCCAGAUAACUCUCACCUGUAUGCUUGGGAUCUUCCUUCACGGUUUUCGCUGACAGGUCAUCACUGCAGCUGCAGCAGCGGAAGAAUGAAAGAUGUAUUCUCAAUGCCUGUUUCAAGAGAUGAAUAUGCUUCAAAAUGGAGUAAAAACUCCAUUAUUGGCUACUAUGUGCUUCCAAACCACCUCUCAGUUUCAGAGACAUCAUUUACUGGCUUUGCUUUGGUCUGCUUGACAGCCAUGGGGAAAUUAGAAAUGCAAAGGUACCGUGCAUCUGCAGAUUCACACAAUGAUAUCCCAUGUGAUGAAUCAAAACAUACAGCCAGGGCUAGUAAUUUAGCUAUAUUUCCUGACACUCCGUAUGACAAUUUCUCCCUUAGAUAUAGUUUAAUGAAGUUGCGUUUCCUAUCUGAGUAUCUUGAAGGCAAUCUGUGCAAUGCAUUGGUAAAGCAUGGUUCUAGUAUCAAUAAAGAGAUGGGCCAUAUUAUUAUCAGUGAAGCUGUGUCGGAAUAUGCAAAAGAGAACUCUAGUUCAUUGCCCCACCCAGUUUCAGAUUUUUUAUGCAAUGUUAGUAUUCCCAUGAACAUUUUUGAAAUUUCUUGCCAGAGAAUAUUGAAUGGCCUGCCAUCAGACAUCCUGCAUGUCACCUUCUCCAAAUACAGUGACAUGCUAGCAUGCAGCACAGAGAAGACCUUAUGUGAACAUUUAGAUGUUCCUACCUGUUUGACGAACACUAAACUUAGACCUUUCCUGUUGGCAAAACCUUCAAGCAUAAGUUACAAUCUGACUAGCAAAGUACGCUCUCCAGAUGCCCUUGUUGGUCCAGUACUACCCAUACCUGUUCUGCUUGCGCUGGAAGAGAAAAGCAAGGAUGCAGAAAGCUCUUCUCAGGGAGUACCCAUAGAAACUGAUUCCAUAAAUGAUCGAUGUAGAGAAGUUUUUGAAGCCCUGGAUCCUGUAAUAUCCAUUGCUGACACUGACAACGGCAAUGGAUGGCCUGCUUCACAAGAACUGGAUGAAGGAAAGUCCUAUUUUAGUUAUGAGCCUCAGAUUGAACAUAGGUUCAGUAUGGGUAGAAGUACCAGAAAGGAGGAGAAAGAAGAUCAAAACCAAGAUGAUCUGCAUAGGUCUUCAACGCUAUAUGAGGAUAAGGUCUUCACAACAUUUGUUUGCGGAAAAGCCAAAGUUCCUGAUUCACCUGAACAAGCUGCAACUUUGUUCGAUUUCGGCCCAGUGAGGAUAGAUUUUGAUACCCCAGCCAUGGAAAUUCAGCCUGCCGAGGAAAAGGUGUACAAAUGUUUGAGGAAACAAUUUGUAACAUGGCGAAACAAUUUCAAGCCAUACCAAGAUUUUUGUAGCACACAUAAAAUACCAAAGCUGAGGCAAUGAGCCCUUCCAUCCUUCAUUCAGUUUCAACAGGGCUUGUAGAUUUACGCAUAUGGCUGCUUGCCUUUUUUUUUUGUUCCGUUUUUUUUUUGGAAGGGUAAGAGCGAACUAAAAAUCAAAUAUACGCUCUUAUGCUAUUUCUGAUGUACAUACAUAUGGCCUGCUGUUGAAUAUAAAUGCUGUUUUCU